AUGAGUGGCCCGGGACUGUUCGAACCCGGCGAGGAAUACGUGCCGGCCGGGAUCAAACCCGUGGUGGACGAGGCGACGCUCCCGACGGCGCCGGCGGCGGGCGGCGAGGAGCUCUGGCUCAUCCAGAUUCCCGCCGACGCGGACCCGGCGGACCUCGACGGCCUCAGGUUCAGGAUUAGCGACGAGGGAAACGGACCGGAGAUAUCGCAGUUUAAGGCGGGAGGGAAGAAAUGGCGGUUGAAGGAGGACGAUGCGAUCACGGCCAGUACUAUGUUCGUGCUGCCGUCGAAGAAGGCUGGAGGAAGGCAGGAGUUCGGCGGGCCAAGGAGAAUCACGAGGAGGAUCACCAUGAACAGGCGAAACAUCGGGAUCGAGGAUGCGGCGGCAAACGAGGAGGGCGCCAAGACCCCGGGGGAGAAGAAGGAGAAAAAACGGAAGAAGGAUAAGGACGACAAGGGGGACAAGAAGUCCUCGAAGAAGUCCAAGAAGUAG